AUGUUUUAUAAAGAGAUUGUGAACAUCAUAUGCUUUGAAUUGGAUAACUAGCAGGUUCAUCACAAUGAUGUGGAGUACUUGUUUACUCUUGCCUAUUAUCAGAUAAGGAUGGUGACUGAUCUCUUGAUAAACCAUUCCAAUACCAAGACACAGAUCAUGUAGGAUCUAUUUACACCCCAGAAUCCUGAACUUGCAGACAUUUCCAAGUUGAAUUAACUUAUGAACGCUAACGAAGAUGUGCAAAAUCUAAUUAAUCUAUUCAUGAACUAGCCUAUACAACAAAGUGGCAAGAUAAACAUUAAUAAUCUUGUAGACGGAAUGCCUAUAAAGGAGUAAAUGGUAUUUUCUAAUGCAAAUGGACUUAUAAAAAAGUUGGCUGCAGCAAGCGGUGGAAUGCUAAAUAAUAUGAUGCUGUAAAAGAACAACCAAAUGAACAAUUUGAAUGACACCGACUCACUCGCAUAGUACAGUCAAGCUGAUUUGCAGCUGGAUUCAAAGCGUAAUACAGAAAAAGACCCUCUUAAUACUAACAGACCUCUCACAGGGCAGAAUAAGGGCUAAGAUCUUAGACAAUCAUCCCCAAUGAGACAAAUAAACGAAUUCACGACUCUGGAUCUUAUGUACAGUUUCGAUCCUUAGAAAACUUCAUUCUAAGAGGACACUGAGGAAGGAAACAUAAAUCAACUAAUGAAUCACCUGCACACUAUUUUUAUGAAUCACAUUGACUUCUACGGAUCAAGGCAACUCUAGAUCAUAAUGAAGAGUCUCUUCGCUGAGAAUAGAAUUGAGAUUUCCAACUAUUCAAUCAUAGACGGAGCAAAGGAGCUAGUAAAGGUAAACAACUAGCACCUCCAAAAUAGUAUGCAACACCCAGGCCUCUCUCCACAAAAUUCAGCGAUACAUAACUAAAACGAAGAAAUACUGGAAAAGACCAUGAGUGAGAUGAAUGUAUCGCCAUCUCUGCAAGGGACCUAGUAAUUCUCAAAUAUUGGAUCUAAUGCUGGAAAUUUGCAUUUGCAAUAGGUUUAGGAUAAUGCUGAUUUGUCAUAGAUGUCAAUCUAGUAUAAAACAGUGGAGACUGUCAAUCCAAGUAAAGUCAACAUGCAAAUGAGAGCUAUUUUCAAAGAGUUCAACUCUCAGCAUAAGAGUGAAAUGAGAUUUACUUUGAACAAUUGCUUUUACAAAAUUAUAUAUGGAAUGAUGAAUUAAGAACAAAAGAUCGGAGAUAAUAGAAUAUCUAUUGAUAGGAACUAAAAGGUUAGAAAGAUCACUUUGGAGAUGAAGAAGUUCUAAAAAUUGGGAGAAAUAGGAGGACUUAGUUUUGUGCUCUAUGAGAUGUUAGACACUGAUAAAAAGCUCACUUCAGAUAAAUUAUUCAGAUACGCAUAUGAAUGCUAUGACAAACUGUAUAACUACGGAUCAAGAAAGGAGUUUCUGGUCAAGUUUCUAAACUUAAAGAAUGCUAAGAAGAUGACUGUCCACUGGCAGAACUUUUGGAAUGGAGUCAUCAUAAAGUCCAGACAAGCCCUCCAGCUCGAGUACUUCAAGGAUGCUCUUGAAAAUGCAACUGUAUUCUAAUAAGAGCUAAACAUGAGAAUGAGAGAUAUUAAUGAAGACUAUAAUAAUGCAAAAAAAAUAAUUCUUGAUUAUAAUUAUCAACUGGGAAAGAUCAGCGCAAUGUACUUUGUAAUUGAAGUAAGUAUAAGAAAUAUCCUUAAAACCUAACAAUAGAAAUACAAGCAAGAUAAGGAUAAAAUUGAAGACGAUAUUAAGUACAGAGUCAAAGUGCUGAGAGAUUCAAUGGAAAAGCUGGAUGUGCGAAUCAUAUCUAUGCUCAUGGACAAAGUCUAGCAGAAGAGGAAUAACGCACUUUAUUUUAGAACUCUGGGGGAGCACUCGCUAUCUAAAUGUGCCACAAAAGGAAUUGACUCCUAGUGUGUCAUCGAAUACAUGAUGAUACAGCUAUUCUUGAUGAGAACCUGGCAAAUCUUCAUAAGUCAACUUAGUUUGGACAAAGUCUCCGAUCCAUCUGUUCCAGCCGCUUAGAGCUAACAACAAUAGCCACAGGUAAACAAUGACUCAUAGAUUCCAAGUUAAGAAGCAGAACUAGAAAAACUGAUGCUUUCACUGAUGAAGUUCUAAAAGGUAAAGGAGAUAGAUGAAAAGCUGAUGGCUGAGAUUAAGGAGGACGGAGUGCUUGGUUUUGAUAAGUUUCGAGCCUACACCCAGCGAAUGGCUGAAGAGGAGGAAAAGCAGACUAAUCUAUUCAAAGCUCAGAACACUUCAUACUCUUAACAAUUAAAUGUGAAUAGUCCCAAUUCAACUAUGCCCAUUCUUGAGAAGAAAGGGACCUUUAAGUUGCAGGGUUCAAUCAUCAAUAUCCCCAAUCCUCAAUAACAGCAGCUGCAGCAGCAAACUAGCCAGAAUGGUGGUUCUUCUGGAAUGAAUCAGAAGCAAAAGGCAAGUCAGAAGUUCUAGGUGUUCAACUUCGAUACUAUGGACACAAUAAUACAGAUACUGGAGUAGGAGUAUGCUUUGGGAGGCAAGUAAAGCAGAAUAUCUUAAUUCCAGUCAUUUAUCAAUGGUGCUUAUAAAGAUCUCACUUAUGAACUGAAUAAUGAGUAGAUUAGUACCAAAUAUGAUUUAGAAAAGCAGUUUAAGAUUUAAAACGACUUCAUUGAGCUCGACCUCACAGCAUACAAGGAAGAAGAUAACUAGAAGCAUAAUAACAAGUAAAUCUUUAAGAUGAUAGGCUAGCACUUCUAUGUGAACCGUUUGAAGCAGGAUCUACUCACUCCCUACUACUAACCAUAACUGAAUGAGAAAAAAUCGCUUGCUCAUAACUUGCUUGAGCAUUUCUUGAAGAGUCUGGGCACUAUGAAGUCCACAAGAUAUCACAAGCAGUUUAAGGAAACAAGAAUUGAAGCACUACAGCAGUUUGUUACUGCUUUGAAGUCUAUCAACAAACUGGGCAAGUGGAACAACUUUGACAUGAGCUAGAUCGGUGGAGUACAAGCUAGUGAUUUGACUGUUGAUCAGUGCUUUAGCUGCAUUAACAGUUUGGAGCAGUUCUUAAAGGAGAAGGAACGAGAAACUAUGUGGAGAGAUCUUGUCCAGAUCAAAGACCCUCAAAUUAGGUUUGAGAAUGGCGGAGUUUUGCAAUCUAUUUCACAGAUGCAGUCAGAAGAAAUGGAGAAUUCGUAGGAAUAUAAAACAUUCAACUAACUGUUCCACUUAAUGAAGGGCACAGCUAGAAUUAAGACUAAGAAUAAGGAGAGAAUAUUCAGACCUUUCCUUAGGAUCCUAGACUAGAUUACUACAGAAACUCAAAAGCAAAAGGUCAUUCUGAAUAUGAUCAUGACUCCAGAAUCCAAUAACCUUCAAAGCCAGGACACUCUUGAGACCUUUAUAACUGAACAGAUUUUUGCAGUGGGAGAAGAUGAGGACUUCGUUUAAUUGAUGGAUGUAUUCACCAAGGAUAAGCAAUUGCUGUUUGAGCGAAGAAAGAACCGAGGACUGGAGAACUAUGUCUUAGGUGCUGUUUAGUACUUGAAUGUGUUUAAUGAAGGAGAAGAAAAGUCAGAGUUGAUUAUAAGGCUUCACAGAGAGAUUCAAAAGAUACAUGAGCAGUUCACUCUCGAGAACAAGGGUGUGAGGCUCUAAGCAGUGCAGAGUUAGUUCAGAGAGUCUAGUGAAAAACUCCUCAAAAAGGUGGUUAAGCAAGAGUACCUAGCUGUGCUAAUGAAUAAAAGUAAGAAGAUAGGUAGAAUAGAAGGAGUCUAGAUAUACUUGAAAAACUAGCUAGCAGAUAAGGAGAGACUUCUAAGCAGGAUAGAAAAGCUUUACUAAUAUUUAAAGUCAAAUAAUGUAGACGACUAAGAUGAUAACAUGCAGUAAUAACUUGGAGCAAGAGAAAUCAACAAUAUUCUUUCAGGGUAAAACUUCCUUGAUGAUGUGAAUUUUAACAAUCAAAAGAAGCAAGAGGAAUAUGGAUUAUCUGAGGAACAAUAAAUCCAACAUAAGCUGAUACACUUCACUACAUAGUUUACCAAAAGAAUGGCAUCUGCUGAUGAAAGAAUCAGUUCCAAACAGAUUAUCAGAAAUGACUUUGUAUUUGGCUACCUCCAAAUUGUUAAAUAAAGAAUAACCCAUUUGAGAGAUAAGUUUAGGCUGAGAGAACAAUAUGAUGAAGGUCUGAAGCACCUAAUCAAUAUUUUUGAAAUAUACAAGACUCCUAUAACCCAUUAUCAAAAGAGCUAUGAAAGAGUAUGCAGGUUUAUUAGCAAGGAAUUGCUUUAUAGGAUCAUCGAAUCUGAUGAGGGUUACUUGAAGUUCUUAUUCUUUGAGAUGAUUAGCAAGAAGGGAAGUGCUAUAUUCAAGAAUGCUCAUAAUAAGUUAGAGGUUGCUUUUGCUAAAUUAGAAAUAGACGAGUAAUCCAGAAUAGAGGUUGAAAAGGUCAAAUUAUAAGCAAAGAGAGAGCUUGAUACAUAGACUAGAAUAUUUAAGGAAUUUAUUGAUUUAGAGGAAAAUAACAAGGUUGCUAUGGUCAAAUAACAAUAGAUAGAACAUCAGAAUUUCAGACUCAUGUAAGAACUAGCAGCUCUGUUAUUACUUAUCAGAGUAUUCUAUAUCAAGCUAGAGUAAGACGAGAAUGCGUAUCCCUUAGCCAUUAGUAAUGGACUUGAAAAAACAAACUUAUCACUGUCUUGA